AUGCCUUCAACCAUGCACGUAUUUGCCAUUCAUGGCCAACAGCCACCUUCAUUCGACCUUUCCUUGGUCCGUACUUUAGUUGACAUGUAUGAUGCCGAUGAUACUCCUGCUGAGAGGAUGCAGAGUCAUCUGGAAGGAAACCAUAUUUACUACCGGUUUCAGGAGGCUGUCACCGAAAUUGCCUCCCUCUAUAACAGUACUCUCUAUGCACAGCUCCUCCGGUUGCCCACCAUCAGUCCACAGACCCAUACUCCGCUUCCUGAUCUUCCGUCAACCUCUUUGGCUUCACCGUCAGGCUAUCAGUCACUCCCGCUAGAAUUAAUAAAUCGCAUAACCGAUUUCUCUGAUCAAUCCACCCUGAUAUCUCUUCGCCUCUUGGACAAAGCAUCACAUGCUGUAGCCAGUCAAUAUAGCCAUACGCACCUCAAACUGAGUCUUCCCUCCCACUGGCGCACCAUGUAUACGCCAGCCACAAUUGAACGUAUCUGCCAUGGCGAGGAAAUGGGCAUAGCAACCUUCUCCCGUAUCUGGAAUGUCGGUAACCGGGCAGUCUCUCUGAAUCUCACCAACUGGUCCGUGGCCAAUGUCGCUUUCUUCUUCUCCCUUUUUCCCCACCUCAAGUCCCUCACAAUUCAAGGCCACAACUGCCAGAUUGCCAACAACCCGAUCAUCCCGUUCCCGUUUCUGUGUCCACCUCACAUCCAGCAUUUGAAGGUGCACAACGUAACCUUCCUAACCACGGGCAAUGAAUCACAUAGCGUCGAGGCUAUGUUAUCCCCUGGCACCCGCCUUAGAUCUCUGGAAAUAUCAGGAUUGAUUAAUGGCAAUAUCCCCACCUUUCCGAGAAGGUCUUUGUCACAUAGGGAGGAAUGGUGUGCACGAUGGGGAAUCUCUACUUACCUUGCUCCAGAGAUCUCUUGUCCUCCACCUACCACUCUUCGCUCGAUCACGACUCGUUCUCCUGGUUUCCAUGUCCUUCUGCCACAACUGGGCGUGCCGACUCCCAUGCGAACCUUUCAAGAAGCCGUUUCCCUCGAUAGUUUCAAACAUAUGAUUUCUCAGCUUUUUUCCCUCCCAGAUGCUGAGGACGCCUUUGUCCCAUAUCUCAAGCUCACAGAAACUUAUCCUCAUCUUCUUUCAUAUACUUGCCCUGAGGGUUGGUACCCCAUUAGCGGUUACAUGUCCCUCAGGGACUUGCAAGUUCUCAACUCUCUUGCAAUUGUGGGUUCCAUGGGAAACAUCUCUUACGCCCUUCGCACGACGCAAUCCUGGUGGAGUCCCUAUAAGUUCUACCCUACUUCUACCUUCCAGCUCAUCAUCAACAUACCAUCCUGGGAGACGCGCUUGUUGCAAACCCGCCUUUUACCUGUGAAUGUUUCUUUCAUGGGUAUUGUGGCAAUGUUGCGAUUUGUCUCAACGGAACACGACUGGCUGGAGUUAGGCCUCAAGAUCAAGCCCAUGGGGACCACGUUGUAG